ACGCCCGCCCGGGCUUACCACGCCCCUUUUUAACCCCUCAGUGGCCAUGGCUUACUCGGAACUGGUCUCGUAUCAGCGGCGUCACGACGUCAAUCCGCUCCGGGGCUUCCUGGUGCCCCUCGUGCAGACCCCCCUUUUUGUGUCGUUCUUCUUCGCCCUGCAGGGGAUGGCGGCGGCGCCGGUGCCGGGGCUGCUGCAGGGGGGGCUGGGCUGGUUCCCCAAUUUGGCCGCCCCCGACCCCUUCUACGUCCUGCCUGUGCUGGUCACUGCCUCCACCUGGCUCGUGCUCGAGGUUUGGGGCCAAAAAUCGCAGUUUUGG